AUGCAGCAUCUCCAGACGCACAGCCUCAGGCACAUCUUGUCCCUCGCCCACCCCUCCGCUCAUCAUCAUGUACGCCAAGACCAUGGAUUCGCCAAAUCGGCACGGCAUCGUGCAUACAUCGCCCUGGGGAGCAAUCUCGGCGACCGCGUGGCCAUGAUCGAGAAAGCCCUGCAGCUGGUCCAGAGAGACGGCAGCGUCCGAGUCCUGCGCACGAGUGGUCUUUGGGAAACCAAGGCCAUGUACGUGUUGGACCAGGACAAGUUCGUGAAUGGCGCAUGUGAAGUGGAAACGUCCCUAUCGCCCAUUGAGCUACUCGACAAGUUGCAGUCGGUCGAGAAUGAGAUGGGAAGGGUCAAGGUCGUCGACAAAGGUCCUCGUAAUAUCGACUUGGACAUCCUUCUCUACGACCAGGAGGUCUUCUUGAAUGAACGACUUCAGGUCCCUCACAAGCUGAUGCUCGAAAGAGAUUUCGUGCUUCGACCGCUAUGCGAAUUAAUUCCAGAUGCACUUCUUCCUCCAGAGGCUUCAUUGCCCUCAGGUACACUACGUGAACAGCUCGCACGACUACCGCCAUUGGAAGACCCGGUGUCUACACUAACACCACUCAUGCGACCUGGGUCUACAUCUAUCCCCCCUCCUAUCACAGCAGGGCACUCCACCCGAAGCACACGGGUAAUGUCCAUCAUUAACAUAACCCCCGACUCCUUUUCAGACGGUGGCAAGAACUACAACGCCGGCCCAGAAGCCCUCCGACGAACGAUCAAAUCCCAGAUCGCUUCCGGCGCAACCAUCUUCGACAUCGGCGGCCAAUCGACGCGGCCCGGCGCCGCAGUGGUAUCCGAAUCCGAAGAACUCUCCCGCAUUCUGCCCGUUAUCAAGCUCAUCCGAUCCACGCCCGAAGCCAACGACGUCUCCAUCAGCGUCGACACGUAUCAAUCGAGCAUCGCGCGGGCGGCCAUCGCAGCCGGCGCCGACAUCAUCAACGACGUCAGUGCCGGGCUCCUCGAUCCGCGCAUGCUGGAGACCGUCGCCGACCUGGGCUGCACCGUCUGUCUGAUGCACAUGCGCGGGACGCCGUCCACAAUGAACGAGAUGACGUCCUACCCGGAUGGCGUCGUGCAGGGCGUAGGCGAAGAGCUACUUGCUCGCGUCCGAGCCGCAGAGGCAGCGGGCGUCAAGCGCUGGCGCAUCAUCCUUGACCCGGGCAUCGGUUUCGCGAAGACGCUGGAUCAAAACCUGGAGCUGCUCCGUCGGUUGGGCGAGUUGAGGGAGUUCCCUGGCCUGGAGGGGAUGCCGUGGCUGCUGGGGACGAGCCGCAAGGCGUUCAUAGGACGUGUCACCGGCGUGCAGGAGGCGAGGGAGAGGACGUGGGGGACUGCUGCGACCGUUGCAGCGUCGAUACAAGGUGGCGCUGAUAUCAUUCGUGUACACGACGUGAAAGAGAUGGCACAGGUUACGACGAUGUCUGAUGCGAUAUGGCGGGUAUAA